AACACCGUCGCCAUGGGUAGGGUUAUCAGGAACCAGCGUAAGGGCCGCGGCUCCAUCUUCACGGCCAACACCCGCUUGAACAAGGCGCCCGCCCAGUUCCGCACGCUCGACUACGCUGAGCGCAAUGGGUACAUUCGAGGCGUCGUGAAGGAGAUUGUCCACGAUUCCGGUCGUGGCGCUCCUCUCGCGAAGGUCACCUUCCGCAACCCAUACCGCUUCAAGCUCCAAACCGAAACUUUCAUUGCCAACGAGGGCAUGUACACCGGCCAGUUCAUCUAUGCCGGAAAGCACGCCGCUCUCACCGUCGGCAACGUCCUCCCGCUCGGCUCCGUCCCCGAAGGUACCGUCCUCACCAACGUCGAAGACAAGUCCGGUGACCGUGGUGCGCUCGGCCGCACCUCUGGCAACUACGUGACCGUCAUCGGCCACAACCCCGACGAGGGCAAGACCCGCGUCAAGCUCCCGUCUGGCGCCAAGAAGGUGCUCCCCAGCUCCUGCCGUGGUAUGGUCGGUAUCGUUGCGGGUGGUGGCCGAACAGACAAGCCCCUCCUCAAGGCCUCGAGAGCGAAGCAUAAGUUCGCCGCCAAGCGCAACUCCUGGCCCAAGACUCGUGGUGUUGCCAUGAACCCCGUCGACCAUCCUCACGGUGGUGGUAACCACCAGCAUAUCGGUAAAGCCUCGACCAUCUCCCGAGAAGCCGCACAAGGUCAAAAGGCCGGUCUCAUUGCUGCGCGGAGGACGGGUCUGCUCCGUGGUACCCAGAAGACGAAGGACUAGAGGGGUUGAUAUGGUGGCGUCGGUGUGGGACAAUGAUGCGGUCGGUUAUACUCUCCAUAACUCUCUAUGCGGGUGGCCGGGCGUUAUGAAUCUCUUCUGCAAGCUAGGUUUCCUCCUGCUUGCGUGCAUGAUAGGACCCUAGGGAAUGCGAAUCCGAAAAUGCAUUGGUUUUGUACUGAGAAUGUGAAGUCGAUGGCGCGUGGGUCUGUGUUCCAUUAUAAACCGUGCUACCAUGUAGACCUACCUUGGCUCAUAGUUGCAUUAAGCCCCGACCAGAUGGCCCGCACAGAGGAUUGUGGCUUUCGGAAAGUAGUGAUUGUAUAAAACCAUACACGUACCGCCACUCUCGAAUC